AUGGAUAAAGAUCUGCCGAAGGAAUAUUUUGAACUUAUUAGGAAAGUUCUUAAAGAGAAAGAGACGGAAAACACGCCUUUGAGUGGUAGAAGGAGACUUAGAAGAAAGAAUAAGCCCCUACCAGAUGCCAAGAAGUUCAAAAGUGGGUUGAACGAAUUGCCAGGGGAAAGCGUUGUUAGUGUGAACUUAGAUUCUUCAGAUGAUGGUAUCAUUACAGUGCUGUCGGAUGACAGUGUAGAGGAAAUCCAAUCAUCUGAAGAAGAUUAUAAUUCCGAUGAUUUUGAGGAUGUCACAGGCGACAGUGAAGUAGCAGGCGUAAAAGAUAUAUCUGUUGAAAUUAAACCUUCUAGUAGGAAUGUUAAUGGCGCUAGAAAAGUGUGCCGCAACAUGUGUUCCAACGAUGAACGCAAAAGGAGAAAAUAUCUCCAUAUGUUGUUUCUAGUUUGUCUAAUGGUUCAUGGAUCCAUACGGAAUGAAUGGAUUAACAGUAAGCGCAUAUCUAGAAAACUGAGUAACUUGGUUCCUGAAAAAGUAUUCGAGUUGUUGCAUCCUCAGAGGGAUGAGGAGCUUCCACUCAGAAGUACGAGAAAACUAUUAGAUGGGUUAAAGAAAUGUAUGGAACUGUGGCAAAAGCACUGGAAAAUUACCAAAAAAUAUGAUGGCUUGGGGAUGUAUAUGAGGACUUGGAAAGAGAUUGAAAUAGGUUCCAAGGACCAAAGAAAAUUCAAGACGUUGACAAGAUCUAACUUUUUAAAGGCCAUCAGUAGAGGUUACGGAGAUUCUGAAGUUUCGCUGCAGGGUUUUGUUGCUAUGCUCCGAGCCUGUAAUGUGAAUGCUCGACUUGUUAUGUCAUGCCAGCCUCCAGAUUUUACCAAUAUGAAGAUUGACACUUCACUAAAUUGUAAUACUGCAUACACAGAUAUGGUGAAGUACCCAAUUUUUUGGUGUGAAGUGUGGGAUAAGUUUUCUAAGAAAUGGAUAACUGUUGAUCCAGUAAACCUCAAAACCAUUGAACAGGUUAGAAUGCAUUCUAAGCUGGCACCAAAAGGAGUGGCAUGCUCCGAAAGAAAUAUGCUAAGGUAUGUGAUUGCUUAUGAUCGAAAGUACGGCUGUAGAGACGUUACUAGAAGGUACGCCCAAUGGAUGAAUUCUAAGGUAAGGAAAAGAAGAAUCACUAAAGAUAAAUUUGGUGAGAAAUGGUUCAAAAAAGUUAUGAAUGCUCUUCAUCGUAGGAAGAGAACUAAAAUUGACGAUUACGAGGAUCAGUAUUUUUUCCAAAGAGAUGAAAGUGAAGGCAUACCAGAUUCGGUACAGGAUUUAAAAAAUCAUCCAUAUUACGUGUUAGAACAAGAUAUCAAACCGACUCAAAUCAUCAAGCCAGGAUGUAAAGAGUGUGGAUAUUUGAAGGUGCAUGGAAAAGUUGGAAAGGUUUUGAAAGUAUACGCAAAAAGUGAUAUAAUGGAUUUGAGAAGUGCUAGACAGUGGUAUAUGGACGGUCGCAUUUUGAAAACUGGCAGCAGGUGCAAAAAAGUGAUCAAGAAACAUGUUGGAAAGCUUAGAGGGGAGGUAGAAAAAGAGGAUGAAAGGCUAUAUAGCCGGGAAGACACAGAACUAUAUACUCCACCAUUAGCAGGCACAAAUGGUGAAAUCACCAAAAAUGCAUUUGGAAAUAUCGAGGUCUUUGUACCAACAAUGAUUCCUGGCAACUGUUGUUUGAUUGAGAGCUCAGUGGCAAUCAAAGCAACUAGGUUUUUAGGGGUGGAAUUUGCACCUGCUGUAACGUCUUUCAAGUUUGAACGUGGCAGUACAGUCAAGCCAGUAAUAAGCGGUGUUGUUGUUGCCAAGUGGCUUAGGGAAGCUAUCGAAGUCACCAUUGAUGGAAUAGAGUUUAUUCAAGAGGAUGAUAAUAGGAAAGAACACUUGCUUUAUGCUUUGGAAAACUGGAAUAACCUGCUGUUAAAACUACGUAUUCGAAGCAAAUUAAACAACACAUAUGGUAAAAUUGUGGAGGAAGAACCCAACAUAUCUAAGGAACAAGAUGUUGAAAAAAAUGAUGGUGAUAAUCAUGUUUUUUUGGGUGGUGGAUUCCUUCCUAAUACAAACAAUCAAGAAGUGCAGUCAUAUGACGAAUCUCCGGAAGUGGAAGAUAGUUUGGACUAUGUUCCUAUCAAUGAAGAGAAGGAAAGUGCUACAGAUGAGGAAUUUGAGGAGAAUUAUUCGGAUUUUAUGAAAGAACUAGAAAUGUCAGAAGAAACAGACUGA